UCCGCGCUAAACUGCGAUGGCCAGAGAGUAGUGUGGAACCCUCCAUCUACCAUCUCUGAUUCAUUAAUGGAUUAGCUGUGAAGAAGAAGAAGAGGAAGAAGAAGAAGAGGAAGAUGUCGACGGUUGAGAAGCUGUUCGUUCAGAUCUUCGAGCGCAAGAACCGGAUCAUCGAGCAGGUGAAGCACCAGACCGAUGCCUUCGACCACCACCUCGCUUCCAACCUCAUUAUCGAGGGAUUCAACCCUCCACCAUGGCUGCUCGCUCCCUCUUUUGAAAUCUCGUCUUCGGAUCCCAAAGAGUUAAAGAAAGAAGAGCUGAUUUCAGGACUCUUGCUCCCACAUCCACAACCUACAAUGGUUCCUUAUUACAAUGGUCACUAUUCUCUGUAUAACAAGUCAGCUGUUACAGUAAAUACUGGUGAGUUUUCUGAUGGCUUACCCAUGGAAACGCAUGCUUCCAAUAAAGGUUUUGAUGCAGGAGAAAGGCAGACAGCUGUGCCCCAGUGCAACAAUAAUGAGACUGAAAUUCCUGUAAGUGGUGUUCUUGAACCAGGUCCUAGUGCUACCUCUUCUCCAAAUCAGAUAGAUGCAAGAAUAUCAAACAUUUAUUCAGAGCCAGAUCAAUCUCUUGCCAGAAUCCAACGGUCCAAGUCACGGCAAAAGGCUUUAGAGUUUCGUAAUAGUUCAAAAGUAAAAUGUAAAAACCGUUUAGUUGACCACAACAACAAUGGUACAUAUUCUAGUGGAGUUGCAGUCUCCAGAAUGGCUUUCCAGCAGUCCAACUUUGUUAAUGAGUUAUUGGAGUCAGUCAAACCCUCUAAUAUCAACAAUGAAAAUACUGGUGAGAGAGAAGCAGAAAAAGGAGAUCAUUAUAGCUUGGAAAAGGGUGGCAACAUUUAUUCUGGUAGAGUUACAAGAUCUAGAAGUUCUUCUCAACAAACCAAGUGUGUGAAUAUGGAUGGCUCUUCUCAUGUUACCAAGGGAGAUAGUGUCAGACUUGCACCAUCUAUUGGCAAACCUAUGCAACAGUCUGCCUAUGCCAGUGCUUUGUUGGAUCCUUCUAAUAUUGAUGAUAAAAGUCAUGCAUUAAUAGAAGAUAAAAUGGGAGAUCCCCACAGCAAGGGGAAGGGUAGCUAUGUCUAUUCUGGUAGAAUCACAAGAUCUAGAAGUUCUUCUGAAAAAGUUAACUCUGUAGAUGAGUCUUCCAAACUGGAUAGCUCUUCUAACAUUGCUAGGGUUGAUAGAGGUACACAGGCAGAGUCUAUUCCUAAUUCGCUACAGUGGCCUAAUCAUGCUAAUGAGUUUUUGGAAUUGGUCAAACCUUUUGACAUCAAAGGUCGAAGUUGUGAAGUCAAAGAAGUAACAAAAGUAGAUAUUCGGAGCAAGGAAAAGGGCAGUGGUGUUUAUUGUGGAAGAAUUACAAGAUCUAGGAGUUCUUACCAACAUCCCAACUGUCUGGGUGGGUUUUCUGAACUGGUUAGCUCUUCUAAUAUUGUCAAUGAAGAUGGUUGUAAACUUACUCAAGCAAUCAGUAAAUUAAUGGAACCAUCUGAACCAUUAAGAUCAAUUGGAGGAGAUGCUGCUUCUCAGAAUGCAGAAGGUACACAAAUAUCUCUUAGACGGUCCUCACCAAGACAGAAGGAUUCAGAGUUACCUGCAGAAGAUGCAAGAGAACAUCCAGGCAAGGGAAAUAUUGCAGAUGAGUGUGUUGGUAGAAGAACAAGGUCUACAUCUUUUGCUUCUGGCAGGUCUGCCCUAGGAAAUACAUUAAACAGGUCAGAAGGAUUAGAGCCUCUGAAAAGCUCAGGAUCUGGCGCAAAUAUCCUGCCUUGUGCUGAAACCAAUAACAUUGCCAAGCAGGAAAGAUGUGCUGCAACUGCUCCAGAGACUGAACUAGUUUCAGAUGAGCCAGUAGACUCUCAUCUUGUUUGUUCUGGAUCUAAUUUGGAUGGUGCCAGCCUUAGAGUGGGGUUGGAAGUUUUAGUCUUGAGGCCACCCUCCGAUCUUGAUAUGUUUGUGAAGCCCAAACAACUUGAUUUUGAUGAUGUGGAAGAUUGCAGUUUGAAUGAAGCCUCUGUUCCUGCACCAAUGAAGAAAAGACAGGACACUUCAUCAUCAGGAAAGAGAUGUUCUACCCCUCUGGCGCCUGCAGAAUCACUGGAAAGAGUGAUAUCUAAUAGCCAUCAUGGAAGCAGUGUUCCACCUUUGAAGAAGUUGUUGUUGGAGGAGCUGGAAGUUUUGAGCAAGGAAGAGGAAGCUCGAACAGGUUCGUCUGAGUCUGAUGCAGAGGAAAAAGUAGAAGUUGAAAAACAGAAACUUGGGUAUGGUUUUUGCCAUGCAUUUUCUACGAGCAGAACUUCAAAUAGAUCAGCUGGGUCAUCAAUAAACAAAGCAGUGGAGGUGUACGAAACAGCAAUCUCCCAUACAUUGCCAGAAGGCAUUAAAAUCUCAAAACUAGGCCAUUCAGUUGUCUCAAAAGAUUUUAGAAAAAGUUCAUGUGAAAGCCCGUUAAAAAAUGCAGUGGAUUCUGAUUUGACCAAUGUAGAUGCAGAUAUAAGGAUGAAUUUAUCUUUUGAGAAGGGGGUUGGGGAGUUUCAUGUUGUUGGAGAUGCUGAAAUGGUAUCAGAAGACAGAACCUUAGCCGUAUCUUUGCAAGACUCUGCUGUUAAGUUCCCUGCUGUUUCUGUGAAUGAAUCUAAGGGUUGCGCUGUGAGUCAGAACAUGAAAUCGGGCAACGUUCAAUUUCAAAAUGCAGAGAAAGUAACUCCUUCCUUGGGAAGCUGUAGUGGCAAUGACAAGAUUGUUGGUGACUCUAAACCAAUUGAACUGCAAAUUACAGAGAAGUCCAUACAGUCAGGAAGAAGUUUCAACUUUACCAUGGAGGGAUUGCCUCAGGCUAAGAGGAGAAAGAUUGAGGGUCAACUACUUGAUGCCUCAUCUGCUUCUCCAAAUUCAAAAAGAGAGCCAUUUCAGAGUAUUCAAGACACAAUGAGUACACACUUGAAUGGUGUAGAAGGCAACUCAGAGACUGUCUUAAUAUCUCCAUACCUCCAUAUUUCUUGUGAGGAAGGUGUGGAUCAAUCUAAUGCCAGUAAAAGUCCUCAUGAAGAAAUGGAUCGGAAUAUGAAGUGCUGCAUGGAAGAAGGAAUUAAAUCUUCAUCUAAACUACAAGUGAUGGAGGCAGAACAUAGCUUGGAAGGGAGAGAUAAAAAUGUUAAACCCUCCUUCACAUUUGAAAGUGAACAAUUAGGGCCACCCCUUGUCUCAAGUUUGACUAAGCGAGCAUCAGGAGAUUUCCAAGGUUUUUUGGUGGAGGAAGCAGAAGGGGAGGGUGGAACAAACAUUAUACAUGCUAUGCAAAGCCAGUGUGCUACUGAAGAACACCAAGGUUCCUUGUUCCUUGAUGAUAAACUUGGUCCAGAGAUUGCAGAAAAUUUGACUUGUAUGGAUGAAAGAACUAUGUGGAAAACUAAUUUUCAACUGGAGGACAGUGGAUUAUUUUCACAUUGUUCGAUUGGUUCUCCACAUAACCAAUAUCUGGAUUUGUUUGGUGCUGAUCAAGCUAAGCCUGUGUUUGAGGGCUUUGUUAUGCAAGAAGAGAAUGAAAAACCACAUAUUGCUAGAGAUGGAAUCGGUUUUGACAAAUUGGACCUUCCAACCACUACAAUCGAACGUGCCAGUGUUUUGGAGCAGCUUUGCCUAUCUGCUAGCAUUCAUACCCCAUUGCCACAUUUCUCAAUUACAGACAAGUUGCCCAGAGCACCAAACUUUUGCCAAUCUGUACCUAAUGGGCUUCUAGAGGGCAUGGAUCUGCAGAGCACCCUGUCUUUAAAUGAUGAUGCUGGUAAGCUACUUAGGGCUAGUUACAGUUGCUUGAAUGAGGAAGCCAAUCAUGCUUUUCAAGGGAGUUCCACUUCUGAUCACCGACCAUUUUCUAGCACUCAAUUUGCUUGGAACAUUAGCAAACCAUGUAUAUCUCCAGUUGGGAAGCUUUGGAGGGUUAGCACAUCAAGUUCUGGCAGUUCAGGGAAGCGACUGAGCUUGAAUCCUGAGCUCACUUGCUACCCAAUUGAGGAGGAUCCCUGCAUGAGUGAAGAAACUGAGCAAAAAGAUGAUGUCAGUGAUGCCUUCCAUGAAGGUAUUAGUUCAAUGACUAUAACUGGUUCAGCCAGAAGAGAACUGCUUGGUGACAUUACAGAAGAAUAUCUAAAUCCACUGGCAUCAGUUUCUACAGCUGAGAAAUUUUCUGAUAGGGGCAGUUUGGAUUCAGUGAACAUAGACAUCAAUGUCCCCAGGACUCGGAAUAAAGGUAAAGAGAAGCUUCAGAACCUUUAUGAAAGUAAGACAAGAGGUACAAACGAGACGAGGGAGAACCAGAGUUUAUCAGUGGCUGAAAAUGGUGUUAGGAGGGUCACUGAAUCACUUCAUAACAGGUUCAGUAAGCCAAAACUAUCAGGAAAGACCAGUUUGAGAAAAGGAGGCCCCAGUAUUUCAGAAAGGGAGUCCAAGCAUAAGAAUAUUGUGUCCAACAUCACUUCCUUUGUUCCACUUGUUCAACGAGCUCAAGGAGCUGCAGUUGUUACAGGGAAGAGAGAUGUCAAGGUGAAAGCUCUGGAGGUUGCCGAGGCUGCAAAGCGCCUAGAGGAAAAAAGAGAAAAUGAACGUAAAAUAAAAAAGGAAGCCUUGAAACUUGAGCGUGCAAGACUAGAGCAAGAAAAUUUGAGGCAGUUGGAGCUGAAGAAAAAAAAGAAAGAAGAGGAAAGGAGGAAAAAAGAAGCUGAGAUGGCAGCAAGGAAAAGACUGAGGGAAGAAGAAGAAAAGGAGAAGGAAGCAAAAAGAAAGCGUACUGAAGAAGCACGGAGACAGCAAAGAGAGCAUGAGCAGAAAUUACGUGCUGAGAAAGAGAAGGAAAAGAGACAUCGAGCCACAGUUGAAAAAGUGCAUGAGAGGAAGGAAGUAAGAGAUGAAGUGAAAAUUGAUAAGAAAGUGGAAGAAGACACUCUUGUGCAAAAACCAGAGACUGAGCUGAGAACUUCCAGGGUUUCAACGAGUGAUAUUUCUAAAGCAAGUAUUGUUCUUAAAGAUUCUGAGGCUCUUAGUGAUUGUGGUGAGAUUCAGAAGGUAACAAGUAAUUUGGAUAAAGCAUCUGAAAAUGAUAACCUGGUUGCAAAUACAACUAAAGAAGAGUCAUAUGAGAUGUCUCCCUACCAAUCCUCAGAUGAUGAAGAGGAAGAAGAGGAUGACAUACCAACUAAAAAGUUCAUCCCAUCAUGGGCCAGUAAAAAUUAUCUGGUUAUUGCCGUAGCCUCCCAGCAAAAAGUAGACCCGAAUAUGAUAUUCCCACCAGAAAGCUUUUGUAGUAUCAAUGAAGUUCUUGUAUCUCGAAAGCAGCAGCAGCAGAAAUAGGUGGUGAUGCUGCAUUCUAUGUGGCAAAAUCAUCUAUUUCUUGGGAUGGCAAUAAUCAUACCAAGAGAAGGUCCUUCCGAUCCAACAACAUUUCCCCUUUUUUUUUUUGGAAGACACCAUGAGGGAGAUCAGAGUUGGAUGGCAAACCCAAUUAUUUCCCAGCAAAUUUGUAGCUGAAAAAAAUUCAGAACUGAACAAUGUACAUACUUCUUUGAACAUUGUAGCAUUUUUUUUCUCUUUAAAAUGAGGCCAAGUUCACUACUCUAAUCUCAGUUUAUUUGAGAAUUGUCAAUACCCACUUGGUUGCCCUUUUAUGGUACUUAAAAUAAAUAGAUACUGACGUCUGAGCACAAAUGAUCCUUUUGCUUAUUCAAAAA